UUACGCCUACGUGAGGUUCAAGAUGGCUGCUGGAGACAACAGUGGCAGGCCGCCCUGUCUUAAUUUCUCGGGCCCAGGUCCUCUGGGAAACAGCCAGCCGAGCAACAGCGUUUUCUCUAUGCCCGCGUCCAAUGGUGGAGCCGUGGGUGCGGCUGGCGGAGCUCAGGGUGCAGCGAGGCGGCCCAACCCGCAGUUGGGGCCUGGAGGAGCGGACAGCAGCGGUGUUUCGAGCGGAGCCCCGCCGCCUGCGCACAACUCCCUGCAGCAGUCCUCUGCGGCAGGAGCUGCAGCAGCGGGAGCCAUGGCUGCCCCGGCGUCCAACAUGACAUCCAGUGCUGCUUCCAACGCCACUCCGACCACCGCACCAACUGCCACAAUGGCCGCCGCUUCCGUGUUGGUUUACCGAGAGCCUGUGUACAAUUGGCAAGCUACAAAAAGCACAGUCAAAGAGAGAUUUGCGUUUCUCUUCAACAAUGAAGUGCUUAGUGACGUGCACUUUUUAGUGGGCAAAGGCAUGGGGGUCCAGAGGAUACCUGCGCACAGGUUUGUUUUGGCCGUGGGCAGUGCCGUGUUUGACGCGAUGUUUAACGGCGGUAUGGCCACCACCUCCACGGAGAUCGAGCUUCCAGACGUGGAGCCAGCUGCCUUCUUGGCCCUUCUCAAGUUCUUGUACUCAGAUGAAGUGCAGAUUGGACCUGAAACCGUAAUGACCACACUAUACACAGCUAAGAAGUAUGCAGUGCCAGCCCUGGAGGCUCACUGUGUGGAAUUUCUCAAGAAGAACCUGAGAGCAGACAAUGCUUUCAUGCUACUAACACAGGCACGAUUGUUUGAUGAACCUCAACUUGCCAGUCUCUGUCUUGAAAAUAUAGAUAAGAACACAGGAGAUGCUCUUGCUGCAGAAGGCUUUACAGACAUUGACCUAGAUACGCUGGUGGCGGUGCUAGAGAGGGACACUCUGGGCGUACGGGAGGUGCGUUUGUUCAGUGCAGCAGUGCGCUGGGCAGAGGCCGAAGCCCACCGACAGCAGCUGCAGCCCACCCCAGAAAACAAACGCAAAGUCUUGGGCAAGGCUCUGUCAUUAAUCCGAUUCCCUCUCAUGACCAUAGAAGAGUUUGCUGCAGGUCCUGCCCAGUCCAGUAUUCUGACUGACAGAGAAGUUGUGAGCCUUUUCCUACACUUCACUGUCAACCCAAAGCCACGAGUAGAUUUCAUUGACCGUCCUCGCUGCUGCCUCCGCGGGAAGGAGUGCAGCAUUACACGUUUUGCACAGGUGGAAAGUCGUUGGGGAUAUAGUGGGACCAGUGACCGUAUACGGUUUUCUGUAAAUCGAAGAAUAUUUGUGGUUGGGUUUGGUCUUUAUGGAUCAAUACAUGGGCCAACAGACUACCAAGUUAACAUUCAGAUUAUACACACGGACAGUAAUACAGUGCUCGGACAGAAUGAUACAGGGUUCAGCUGUGAUGGCUCUGCCAACACCUUUAGGGUCAUGUUUAAAGAACCAGUGGAGAUACUGCCUAAUGUCAACUACACUGCCUGUGCUACACUAAAGGGUCCAGACUCGCAUUAUGGCACUAAGGGAAUGCGUAAAGUUACCCAUGAGUCAUCAACUACCGGCACAAAGACCUGUUUCACCUUCUGCUACGCGGCAGGGAACAACAAUGGCACUUCGGUAGAGGACGGACAAAUCCCAGAGGUCAUCUUUUACACAUAGUCACCCCCAUUGUGCUCGCCAUCUUCCAUCAAGUCUGACAUGUUAACACCAGCACAGGGGUCACACUGACGUCCUGGGAGCUAAUCUGUCACACGCCAUCCUCCACCUAAUGAACUGCUGUUGGCUUUACCUGAAGAGUCAGUACAUGGGCAUAACCUGUCACUCGAGAUGCUGUUAUGUUUCCUUUGCAGUCAUUUCCUUUAAACCUUUGUGUCAUAAACACUGUACCAGACUCACAUAGGAAGCAGGAAGUGAUGGAAGAACCUCAAUGAACCACAGCAUCUCACUGCUGUCAAUAUUCAUAAAAUAACUGCUAAUUCUUCUGUUUAUCUCUUCUCCAAAAAUUCACACCAUUAGUAAAACCGACUUGCCAAGAAACGUGUCCGCCUCAGCAUUAUAUGCAAACCUGCAUUUAACAGCACUUGAUUACACUCAAACUGUAACUUGCGACAACUCAGACCUCAUAGGCUUUUGGGCAUAGUGGCAAAGCUGUAUUAUAUUUAACACAAUAUAAAUAGGAUACAUCAAGUUCAAUAUGUUAUAUCUUGUGACCUUGCUUGGUAGUUGCCUAAACUCAAGAUAAAUGCACUUCUUGGCCUUGCAUAUGUUAUUUCAUUAUUUCUCUGGACGCACACUAACUGUUUCUUUGCUUUGCUCUUAAAGUGUGGGUUUAAGAGGAAGGUCCCUCUUGCUUUGGAAAGGGUUGUAUAUUAUGUCAUUUAAUAACAUGUAUCUUCAAAUUACUAUUGAUUAAAGAGUGAAGAAAA